AUGUUGAAAUACCUCCUCUUGCACCGCCAGAUCCAACACACGUACCCUCUCACGCGGGACCAAAAACACCGUUUCGCCCAGGCCGUCACGCGCCUGCACUCGACGACCUUUUUGACCCCGUCGCUGUUUGUCAACGUCAGCUUCCACCGUCUCUCUGCGAAGUCCACCUCCAAGUCCAAAUCCAAAUCCAACCCGCUCUCUUCCGAAUCGUCGGCGAGCGAUGCCAACGAUAAUGAGGACGACGACGAAGAAAACACGUACUUUCUCGCCGGCGAGCCCGUGGCGCACAACCACGCGGGCCCGAACAGGAUCCUCGCCAUGGUGCGCACGUCGGCGACCCGCACCAAAGCCGUCUUUGACGAUCUGGCCGAGAAGAUCGAGGCCGAGUGGUACGCCGUCGUCGGCGGCUCCGAUGCCCCCGGCUCGGGCGACGAAGCAACGGCGACGGCGAAGGCGAAAAAGAUGCACUUUAUCGUCUUCUACCCCAUGAUCGCGGCGCGGGAGAACGGCGUGACCAUUCCGGAUGCCGGCUCCGAAUCGACGUGGCUGCGCUCAAACAUGCCCUUUUUCAAGACCCAGGCCCACGAGCAACACGACGACAAUUUCCGCAAAAUGCUUGACGAGAUCGAGCGGCGGGAUGAUCUGAGGAAACUCAUCGAGUAA